AUGAACAACUACUCUUUCCUGGAGUCCUCCCAGCAACAAGCCGCCCAACAACAGCAGCAGCACAAUCAAAACCGCCCACCACCUUCUCCUUCACAUUCACAAGCGGGCAGCAUAGCAGGUUCGCAAGUCAACGGCGGCGGCCAGAACGGCAUUCCAAUGGUCAAUGGCUUGCCAAGUGGGGGCCAGCAGACGGACAUGAACCAUCUGUGGGCGGUGGUGCAGCAGUUGAGUCAAUUACUAGAGGAGAACAAGGCGCAAACGAGGGGCAUUGUGGAGGGUGUCGCUGCGAUACAGGGGAGGGCUGCACAAGAAGAGGGAGGCGAAGUCGGCGGUGGACUUAAUCUGAGAGGUGGAGGAGGGGUGGCCAUGAGGGAGGUUAAUGGCGAGAUAAAUGCAGCAACAGUCGCAAAUCUACAAUCACAGCUUACGGCCGCGCAAUCCACAAUCGCAUCCUUGACCUCCACGAACUCAUCGCUCUCAACCCUCCUUACCGACUACGAAUCUGCCUUGACUCUUCUUCUCGAUAAAUUACGUCCUUAUGCUUAUUCUCAAACCUCAGCCAUGCUCGCCCUUCACAAAUACUAUCAAAGCCUCCUUGAUCAAGAACGCUCAACAUCCAUGGGGCUGCGGCUCGAACAUGCAGACUGGCAAGCAGGGUUGAGUCGCGUGGCAGAGAACGCAAGGAACGCACUGCGAUGCCAGAGUGAAAUCGAGCAAGGCUUAAGGGGUAGAUGCAAAGAGUUGGGCGAGGAGAAUAGGGUGUUAAGACGUAUGGUGGGGUGGGAAGAGAGGGAAAGCAGUGAUGAUGAGGCCGAG